UAUACAUCACACAGGCCCAACCUAUGUAGGCUAUACAAUUAAUUUAUGAUACAAACUUGAAAGAUGCAGGUAAAGACCCGGGGAAAACACUUGUAUGCACUGGUUUUGAUCAUUGGAGCAACACGAGUGCGCAGUCUUAACAGCCACAGGAGCGCAUUGGACGGAUUAGAGGAGCGGCGGCGAGGGUAAUCAGCUGCGAAACUUCUCUCAUCCUGCCGUCCGCUCUGACUACAGUUUGGGAACGAGCUGAGCUGCAUGCAUAAUAACACGGCACAGAGAAUUGGAUUCAUUUGCGCGCUCUCUGUCUCUCGCUUUAUCUGAACCCAGGCAUUCUAACGAUGACAGCAUAAAAACACGUGGACCAAGGGUUCACUGUAGGAGUAUAUUGAUGGGACCUAUCUCGUGGUUUGGUUCUUUAUGGCGCUUAAACUAAACUUCUGAGAAAAGGUUGUUUGUUUUUCAAACGCUGCUGCAGAGGGGAGAUAGAGAUGUCAUCUGGUCAAGGACUACUGAACGUCUUCUCCUGCUCCACUCCAGCCUCCAAAGCCAUCUCCAAAAGGAAGUUGCGACAAACUCGGAGCCUGGACCCUGAUAUUAUAAGGAAAUGUGGCACAGAGACAGAUGGAACCCAUGGGGACCGCUUGGGGUCACCUGGUUUGCGCGUUGAGGAGGCAGGUGCGUUUUCAUCCUCGCCAAACUCCCCUGAGCACCCGGUUGCGUUGAAAUCAGAUGCCCGGUCCAGAAAUCUUAGGGUGAAACAACCCCUUUCGUCUUUAUCUGGUCCUUCCUUGGACCUCUCCCCGACAUCAAACUUUCCCUUUAACUAUGACGUGACUGUGAGGGGCACAAAGCGGAAUACCGCGUGGGAUUUACCGUUUCUGGUGAGGAGCCCCAGCGUCACUCCAACUGGGAGCACGAACACAUUAUUCUCACCGCGGAGAUGGCUUCAGAAGAAGCAGCAACAGUCCAGUUCUCACGCCUAUAUCGUUUGGCAGUCGGAGGGUGACUUCACCUGGAACAGCCUGUCAGGGCGGAGUGUACGGCUGACACCGACGGCCAUCCAGAGCCUGUCGGAGCUGGAACGGACCUGGCUGCAGGAGGUAGCCUUCAACAGGCUCCAUCAAGACUAUGACCUGGGCUGUCAGAUCACCAUCCCCAAAGAUGGACAGAAAAGGAAGAAGUCGUUGAGGAGGAAGUUGGACUCUUUGGCGAAAGAGAAAAAUAAAGAUAAAGAAUGCAUACCCCAGGCCUUCGGUAUGGCCCUGUCCCAGGUGAUCGCCAACGACCGGACCCAGAGGCAGCGCCAGGAUAGCCUGCGUCAGGACCCUCCUCACAGGGAGGAGCAUAAGGACCCGUCGGACCUGGUGUCGUCCAUCCUGCAGUUUGCCACCAAGAGGUCCACCAAUAAGGAGCUGUCCAGCAGUAACUCCUCCCUCAGCUCCACCUCGGAGACAGCUAACGAGUCCACGUCGCCCAAUACGCCCGAGGCUGCCCCGCGGGCACGCAGGAGGGGGGGCAUGUCGGUGGACUCCAUCACAGACCUGGAUGAUAACCAAUCCCGCCUGUUGGAGGCGCUGCAGCUCUCUCUGCCCGCUGAAGCACCCAGCAAGAAGGAGAAGCACCGGGACAAGAGGCUGAGCCUCAACCCUAUCUACAGACAGGUGCCUCGCCUGGUGGACAGCUGCUGCCAGCACCUGGAGAAGUAUGGUCUUCAGACGGUGGGGAUAUUCCGAGUGGGGAGCUCCAAGAAGAGAGUGAGGCAGCUGAGGGAGGAGUUUGACCGGGGAGUGGACGUCCAGUUAGAUGAGGAGCACAGUGUCCACGACGUGGCCGCGCUGCUCAAGGAGUUCCUCAGAGACAUGCCUGACCCUCUCCUAACCAAGGAGCUCUACACUGCCUUCAUAAACACCAUGUUGUUGGACUGUAAGGAGCAGCGGAGUGCCACCCAGCUCCUGGUUUACCUGCUGCCAGCCUGUAACAGCGACACACUGCACCGCCUCCUGCAGUUCCUCUCUACCGUGGCGAACCAUGCCCACGACAGCCAGGACAAAGACGGACAGGGGGUGACGGGGAACAAGAUGACCUCUCUGAACCUGGCCACCAUCUUUGGUCCCAACCUGCUCCACAAGCAGAAGAGUUCAGAUAAGGAGUUCAGUGUGCAGAGUCCGGCCCGCGCAGAGGAGAGCACCGCUGUCAUCGCUGUCCUCCAGAGGAUGAUCGCAACCUUCCACUCCCUCUUCAUGGUGCCCCCGGACCUGCAGAAUGAGGUCCUAAUGAGUUUACUAGAGACUGAUCCUGAUGUGGUAGACUAUCUGCUCAGGAGAAAGGCAUCACAGAGUCCAGACGUGUUGCGAUCGGAGGAUCCUUUCUCCCUGAGCGAGAGGCGCUCCUCCAGUGACUCCAACAAGGUCUCCAGUGGAGAGCUGUCCCCCUAUGACAACAACUCCCCCAUUCUGUCUGAGCACCAGAGGGAAGGGACCAGCCCAGGGUCAGAACAAUACACCCUGGUGAGGCAGGUGGCAGGACGGACACGGGACACCCAUGGGUCCAAUCCUUGGGUCUCAAAAGAGGAGCAUGCUAAUAUCUGGGGAGCUUGGCAUUCCACUCUGAAACCAGGGCUGAUGGACCAGCCUUAUGCAGGUUCCCAUAGCAACAUGUCAGAGGGCAGCUCACGCAGCUCCCAGGAAGGACUUGACUGUCUCCAAGGCGAUGCCAGGCAGGUGGUACGACGGACACAGACCUCGCUGGGCGUGGCCGAAUGCAGGCCCCAUCCCCCUGUCACACGGGUCUGUAGCAGCCCUCACAGCAAGGCGGGACGGCCGCGCCUCCUGCUGAGCCUCAACCCUGUGACCCCACCCCUACCGUACCCUGACAGCCAAUCAGCAGCCAGCAGCGCAGAGAACCUCCCCCAGGGCAUUAGACACCAGGCUAACCCCAGCCCUAACUCCGCCCACUCGGGUCCUCCCCCUCCCCCUUACGGCGGCUUGUCCUCCAGGCUCUCCCCCUCUGCCUCUAAACCAGCCCAGCCUGUCUCCCCCUCCCUCGCAGCACCCCCUCACCAGCACCCCCUGCAGGGUGGGAGGGCAAUGGUGCCACAGAACUCAGCCUCCCCCACCACGGACAGCAUGGUACCCAUGAGCCAAGAGUGGCAGGACUGGCAGAGGGACAGAUGGCAUAUCUGGCAACUCCUGUCCUCGGAAAACGCAGACACACUCCCAGAGACACUGGUGUAAGCUGGACCAUAGGACCGUGGGGUAGUGUUAGCCAUCCCUCCCUCCAUCCCUCCCUCUGUCCUCCCCUCCGUCCUUCCCCCUAAACAUGGGCGCCAUGGCGUUGUUUACAUGUGCAGCUGCUGCCUAUACUACGGACUUGGUACAAAGUCACUAGUGUUUCCUAUUUGCUAUGUAUUGAUCCGCGAUUGAUGUUGUAUCCUGGUCAUCCCUUUGCAUGUUAUUAAAUAUUCUCUCUGAGCUGUUUCAGAGAGGAUCAAAAUGAAACUGUCAGCAAAACAUACCUCAAACGUCAAGUUUAUCAAGUUGAUUCACACUUGCAUGUCCACUUUUCGAUAAGGACCCAGUUUAAAUUGAGCUGCAUGAAAUAUGUAGAGGUGACUUUUGAAGACAGGAAGGUUUAAUGUUUAUGGCAACAAUUUGAUAAGCUACAGUCAAUUUACAUGACCAAUCCUACCCUUAUAUAUUUACUGAAGUCGUCACAUAUAUUAGUGAUCGCUGCUAAUAUUCAGAGGGUAUUUACUUGCUGAUUAUAUCCCGGUAAGUACCGCACACGUUUGUAUGAGUUUUAUUCAAUGUCAGUCACCAAGUAACAGAGCCCAUAGUACAGUUUUGCAACAGUUUGUAUAUAAGCAUUAUAAUGUAUUUUAUGUCGGCCUAGCUAACAUUUUUUUUUACAGGCUGUCUAAAUGUUUGUGUCGUGUGGUUUUAACUCGGUUGAAAAAGAUAACGUCUGUCAAAGCUUUACUAAGUUGAGUUCUAAAAGAACAGUACUGUGUCAAAGUUCUUUAAUUCCUUGACUCUCUUUUCAUCAAAUGUUAUUCUGGGCGUUUAUAAAGUCUCAUCUGCUUUCUCUCUUUCCGUAGUUGACAUUGUUCUUUUAGCUAUUGGAUUUCACUUCACCAUGGUUGCUACAGCAUGGCUUAUCUUACAAGCUCAUAUCAACAUAAUUCAUUCCAAUGAUUCUCUCAUUCCAUUAGGUGGUUGAUGUCAAGGUUAUGGCUGCAUAGGAAUAUUAAAAAGACAAGUUCAUUGCUGGCCUGACAAGUUCAUUGCUGGCCUGACAGGUUCAUUUUUGGCCUGACAGAUUCAUUGUUGGCCUGACAGGUUCAUUGUUGGCCUGACAGGUUCAUUGCUGGCCUGACAGGUUCAUUGCUGGCCUGACAGGUUCAUUGCUGGCCUGACAAGUUCAUUGUUGGCCUGACAGGUUCAUUGUUGGCCUGACAGAUUCAUUGUUGGCCUGACAGGUUCAUUGUUGGCCUGACAGGUUCAUUGUUGGCCUGACAGAUUCAUUGUUGGCCUGACAGGUUCAUUGUUGGCCUGACAGGUUCAUUGUUGGCCUGACAGGUUCAUUGUUGGCCUGACAGAUUCAAUGUUGGCCUGACAGGUUCAUUGUUGGCUUGACAGGUUCAUUGUUGGCCUGACAGGUUCAUUGUUGGCCUGACAGGUUCAUUGUUGGCCUGACAGGUUCAUUGUUGGCCUGACAGGUUCAUUGUUGGCCUGACAGGUUCAUUGUUGGCCUGACAGGUUCAUUGCUUUCUCUCUCACUGUAUUUGUCCGAUUGAUAUGGGAUUUUAUGAGAUAUUUGCACUUACCGUACUCUACUGGACUCUGGGAAUUGCCAAAGCUUUUUUGAUUCCUCCUUUUCAACAACAAAACAAACACGUCUCUUGCUUUUGUCAUUACAUUACAUGUCUGCCUCUAUUUUUUUUGUAAAUGUAAAAAUGGUUAAAAAAAAAUGUUUGAGCUUUAUUUAACUAGGCAAGUCAGAUAAGAACAAAGUGUUAUUUACAAUGACGGCCUACCCCGUCCGAACCCAGACAAUGCUGGGCCAAUUGUGCGCCGCCCUAUGUGAUACAGCUCUUGAUACUCUAUAAUUUACCUGGUGCUUUUUGCUCCCAAAUACACCAGUAGUCUACAAUCAUUUCCUAGUUUUGUGGAUAUUUGCUGGCAAAUACUGCACACUUUCUGAAUGGUAGUUUGUUUGUUGGUUCAUUUCAAUCCAUCUGCAUGUCGAGAGGAAUUUGAAGUGUGAGAGACAUUUGAAUUAUUUACAAGGAUUCGCACAUUUCUACAUAUCUUCACAGUGUCCCUAAAAUGACAUGUCGAAUACUCGUCCCAUCUUCACUUCUAUAAAAAAACGCUUUCAACAGCUUGUGUUUCUAUGUACUAUUCUCAAUGUCUGUGUGUUUGGAGUCAAGUAUGCCAUGGAUCCAUGCUCUUUGAAAAGGAUUACAACUGUUAUGUCUGUUCAGUAUUGUAAUAUAUGGAAAUAACUGAUUUUACUCCCCCCCCCCCCAAAAAAAAUCAACAAACACAUGUAUAUGUCCCGAGUUUUGAUCUGAUGUCCGCUUUUGUAAUGUGUGUCGUCUUAAAUAUGCCAUUGUGGAAUUAAACGUGGAAGAAGGUG